CUCUCGCACAAACUGGCAGGCCGAUCGGCUCGGCAGUCGCACACGAACCACGAUGAGGAUGGCACGUGUCCGCGCCGCCUCCGACACCGACCGUACGUGCACCGCGACGUAAACAUACCCCAGUGAAGUGAAAAACAAUUACAGACUAUGUCUGUUUAAUAUCACAUGAACUUUAGUUAAUCAGUGACUGUUUUAAUUAAGAUCUUGCGUCGUUCGGCAAAGACAAAUGUGUGUAGAAAAUGUUUCAAUUGCUGACUCUUUUGUUAGUGACUUUCGGUGUCAAUGCCGCAUAUGCACCAAAAGGCGUGGAUAAUUGUAAUCAUCUGCCCAAAGACGACGAAGCUGGCACCUUGUGCCGGGUGCGGACACUCGACGCCGAUGGAUCCAGUUUAACAUCUGCACCUUCGGAGGCCACUAAACGUCUGACCGUCGAGUGUAACCAACUGCUUCUCUUUGAAAGUUAUCUCGAGGCAAACUAUUUUCAAAGAUUUCCAUCACUCUCAGAACUUGCGCUACAAAACUGCAAACUUCUCCGGAUACCGGGCAACGCGUUCGAAGGAUUACGUGAACUGAAAAAGUUGUCGAUUCGAUCUAAAAACAGCGAUUGGAGCCCUAACAAAAACUUGGAGCUUUCUCUUGGGACUUUUAACGGAUUGCGAGAAUUACAGACCCUUGAUUUGGGCAACAACAACUUAAAAGUGAUUCCAUCUGAUGUAUUUUGCCCACUGGAUAAUUUGCAAAUAUUAAAUAUCACGCAGAAUCGGAUACGAAGUGUUGACCGACUCGGAUUUGGGAAAACAUGUGGUUCCGGGCUACGGAGUUUGGACUUGAGUCACAAUGAGCUCAAGUCUCUUACCGAAGACUCGGAGAUUACUGGGUUAAGGCGGCUUCAGGAGCUAAGAUUACAACACAAUAACAUCAGUGAUUUAUCAGGUGAAACGUUCAAUGGACUUAUUUCGCUGCGAAUAUUAAAUGUUUCGUAUAACAACCUCCAGUAUAUACCUGAAGGUACAUUUGCUAGCACGAAAGAGUUACGAGAAGUGUAUUUGAAUAAUAAUCUCCUGUUUGAAUUAGCCAAAGGCGUUUUCCACCGAUUAGAACAGCUGCUUGUCUUAGAUUUAUCGAAUAAUCAGCUCUCAAGCGCUCACAUCGACGGUGGAACGUUUAUUGGCCUUAUACGCUUAGUCAUUCUGAAUUUAUCUAAUAAUGCCUUGACUAGAAUUGACGGGAAAACAUUCAAGGAUUUAUUUUUCCUACAAAUAUUAGAAUUAAGAAAUAAUUCUAUCGGUUACAUAGAAGAAAAUACUUUCCUUCCUUUGUAUAAUUUGCAUACCUUAAAUUUAGCUGAAAAUCGCUUACACACAAUAGAUGAGUUCCUAUUUAAUGGAUUGUUUGUAUUAAGUAAGUUAAACCUAAAUAAUAAUCUACUUGUAAAUAUAGACCCUAAAGCAUUCAAAAACUGUUCCGAUUUGAAAGAAUUAGAUCUAAGUUCCAAUCAGAUAACAGACGUCCCGUCUGCCAUUUGGGAAUUAUCUCUAUUGAAAACGUUGGAUCUCGGCGAAAAUCAGAUAACCGAUAUCAAAAAUGGUUCUUUUAGAAAUUUAGACCAGCUAACCGGUUUGAGGUUAAUCGAUAAUCAGAUAGGCAACCUUUCUGUCGGCAUGUUUUGGGACUUACCAAGCUUACAAGUUCUCAAUCUAGCUAAAAACAAAAUUCAAGCAAUAGAACGAGGUAGUUUUCAAAGAAAUAAGCAACUAGAAGCCAUUAGGCUAGAUGGAAAUUUCGUAUCAGAUAUCAAUGGAGUAUUUUCGACAUUACUGAGUUUAUUGUGGCUCAAUUUGUCAGAAAACCACUUAGUUUGGUUUGAUUACGCAUUCGUGCCGAGUAACUUGAAAUGGCUCGAUGUUCAUGGAAAUUUCAUCGAACAUCUGGGUAAUUAUUACAAACUUCAAGACGAAAUUCAUAUAAAAACAUUAGAUGUCAGUCACAACAGGAUUGUCGAAAUAACACCAUUUGCAAUUCCAAAUAGCGUUGAAUUGUUAUUCAUUAAUAAUAACCACAUAAACAAUAUAGCAGUAAACACGUUUAUGGAGAAACGCAAUCUAACUAGAGUAGAUAUUUACGCAAAUGAGAUAUCUCAUUUAGAUAUCAACAGCCUCCGGUUGUCCCCGGUUCCUUCAAACAAAUCGCUGCCCGAGUUCUACAUCGGAGGAAAUCCGUUUAACUGUGAUUGUUCUAUGGAAUGGUUGCCUUUGAUAAACAAUAUGACUGCUAUGAGACAACACCCAAGAAUAAUGGAUCUGGAAAAUGUACUGUGUAAAAUGACACACGCAAGAGGCGUCACUCACAUACCAUUAAGCAAUCUGAAAUCGACCGAUUUUUUGUGUACAUACGAAACACACUGCUUUACUUUAUGCCACUGUUGUGACUAUGUCGCGUGUGAUUGUCAAAUGACAUGUCCAAACAACUGUUCUUGUUACCAUGACCCCACGUGGCACACAAAUGUAGUCGAUUGUUCCAGCCAACGUGCCAUUGAAAUACCGGAAAAAAUACCCAUGGAUGCUACCGAAGUCUACUUAGAUGGUAAUGACUUUAAAGAAUUACAAAAUUAUGCAUUCAUCGGUAGAAAAAAUAUGAGAUCGCUUUAUGUAAAUUCAAGCCAAGUCGAAAACAUUCAGAAUAAGACGUUUGCCGGUUUAUCGUCCCUCAUUAUUUUACAUCUUGGAAACAAUAAACUAAAACAAUUGAACGGCUACGAGUUUGAACAUCUGACACAGCUUAAUGAGCUAUAUUUGCAAGAUAACUUCAUUAGUCAUAUUGCUAACUCAACAUUUUCUACAUUACAUUCAUUGAAAAUGCUAAGAAUAGAUGGAAACAGACUUAUGGAUUUUUCUGUUUGGAGUUUAAAUACUAAUAUGAAAUUAAACAGUUUAUCACUGGGUAACAACAUGUGGUCUUGCAAAUGCAGAUAUUUACAAAGAUUUACCGCUUUUAUAUCUGAAAAUAUACAUAAAAUUGUUGAUGUAACAGACGUGUGGUGUUGGAAUACCGAGUCGCAGUUGCCACAAAAGAAAGAGUUGAACUUUAAUGGCACAAUAUGCAGCGACUAUUACGCCGGAGAUUCUGUAAUAGAUAACAUGCUGGUCUCAAAUUACAUGCCUAUGAUGGUAACUACGGUCAGUGGAUUCAUGCUGAUCAUGCUAGUCAUCCUUGUUAUGUUCUUGUUUAGAGACACGAUUCGCGUAUGGCUGUAUACAAGCUGCGGAAUAAGAUUGUUUCCAUUCACUGGAGCGUACGACGACUCUGAUAAAUUAUACGAUGCUUAUGUGUGCUACAGCCCUAAGGAUGACGAUUUUGUUAUUCAAACGUUAGCUGCCGAAUUGGAAAAUGGAAGUCCUUCAUAUCACCUAUGUCUACAUUAUAGAGAUAUUCCGCAACAUGGUGUAGCAUACAUGCAGUGUACAGUACCUUUGCAAGAAGCUGCAGAAGCUUCUAAACGAAUUAUUCUGAUACUGACUAGAAAUUUCAUUGAGACCGAAUGGUCGCGUUUUGAAUUCCGGCAAGCGCUUCAUGAAAUUCUGAAAACGCGAAUAUAUACAUUGGUUAUAAUUGAAGAAAGCACAGCAUUACCAGAGGCGAAAUGUGAUCCAGAUUUGAGGCCGUAUUUGAAAACUAGUUCGAGAAUAAGGUGGGGCCAAAAUAAAUUUUGGGAAAAGUUGCGUUAUGCGAUGCCCGAUAGAAAGUUUAAGGCGACGGGUUAUAGGAAUAACAUAAAUUCUUAUACAAUGAGAAGUGGUAUGCAGAAUGGGACGAUGAGGUCUUUUUCUUUUACGGAUAAGAUGAGAGGAUCAGCUGACGGCGUGAGUUCUGUCCCAGAAUUUUUGGAAGAGCGUAGACAGCACGUGCAUACUGCGUCAUACGCGCCUGAGGGUAGGCCUCCCUCUGAUCAUAUAUAUUCAUCUAUAGAUUCCGAUUACUCUUCAUUAGAGCUAGGUGGGAAUAACCCAAAUAGGAGGCGAGAGUUUAGGCACUGGCCCCCGCCACCGCCGCUUAUCGACACUCAAUCAUCGGGUCAAGCCUACCUUGUCUAGUCCUCACGCUUACAACUUAAUAUAAAAACUGUUAGUCAAGCUUCAUGUGAAUAACUAAACGUAUUAAUCGCAACGCGCGCUUUACCAAAUAAUUAAGAUUUUAAUCUAUUUUUGUAUUUUCUCGCCGUUUCAAAGGGCGUUCGUUUCGUAUUGUUGGUGUAAAUACAUUCUAAUAAGACUGCUGUAGGAAUAUUAUGUGAAUUUGUAUAUAAUGUGUAAAUAAAUGUCCAUAUAAGUCACGAGUAUACUAUUUAUAUACUUUAAUAAAGCCAUUGUGAUAAUUUUUGCAUAAUAUUUAU